AUGGAACUUCUCCUGGCCAUUUUUCUUGCUGUUUUGACUGGUAUUGUGGCAAUUGCUUUCUAUUAUGAACACCCCAAAGCAGAAAUCCCUCAUGGAAUCAGUGAGCGCCAAAAGCUUUAUGUUCUUCAUUACUUAAUGAACUUUGGGCUUGGUCUGGCAACAUUUUUGGACAAAGUAGGUGUAAUCUCAGAGGUCCAUCUCCUCAGGGUUAUAAUGGAGACAAUACCACCAUUAAAGGACAGUCGCCUUCUUAUCAAGGACUUAAGGUUUGAAAGGGUUAAAGUGAGAAUUUACCAGCUAAAAACAUCAAGCAAAAACCUAAGAAGGGGAGUUCUUUAUUUUCAUGGAGGAGUUGGCCGGUUUGGAAGUAUCCGGGCCUAUGAAAGAAAGUGCCGCUAUUUCUGCAGGAAGACCAAUUCCGUGGUGGUGUCUGUUGGGUAUCGUUUGGCUCCUGAGCACCCAUUUCCAGCCCAGUUUGAGGACUGUCUCACUGCUACCAUCCACUUUCUGAGGACUGCACAAGACCAUGGAGUUGACCCUUCCCGUGUUGCCAUCUGUGGGGACAGCAGUGGAGGGACACUCACUGCUGCUGUUGCCCAAGCACUGGUGAACAGAAGAGAUCUCCCAAAGCUGAGAGCACAAAUCCUAAUAUAUCCUUUUCUGCAGUGUGUGGACUUAAAUUUGCCUUCUUAUCAGCAGAAUAAGGGAGUCCCCAUUUUGCUAAAGGAACGAACCCUUGUUCUUGGCUUGAAGUAUGUUAAUGGGGACUUGGGCAUCAUUGAAGAAAUAUUUAAAGGCUGCCAUGUUUCAGAAGAUAGGAGACUGAAAUAUCAGAAGUGGGUGAGUCCUGACUACAUCCCUCAUGAGUUUAAAACAAGAGGUUACAAACCAAGUCCAACAUAUCUACCCUCAAAAGAAGUCUGUGAAGUCUCUGAGCCCAUGUUUGACCCUGUUUUUUCACCACUGUUGGCUGAAGACAGUGUGAUUGCUCAGCUUCCCGAGACUUUCAUUUUGACCUGUGAAUUUGAUGUGCUCAGAGAUGAUGGACUGCUGUACAAGAAAAGAUUAGAGGACCAUGGAAUAAAAGUGACCUGGUGCCAUCUGCAGGAGGGGUUCCAUGGAACAGUGUUCUUAGCACUUUUUGGUAAGGUGCUAGGAUUCCGCUCUGGAGCUAAAGGCCUGCAAAAGAUUGUAAGUUUUCUAAGAUUGUUGUAA